AUGUGCUCGCGAUGCCUGCACUCGGGCCGCGAGUGCAAGCUCGCUUUCAAGUUCAAGUCAGCCAAAGAUUCAUUCAGGAGAAACCAGAGGUGGCUCAAGACCCCUCGGCGAUUGACAUAUAUCGACGAGACAACGUCAUUGAUCCUUGGGAACUCUGCUGUUGAAGCCCUGCAUCCCCACGAGAUUGCACAGUCACCCACCUCUACCAGAGAUGAUGCGUCUGAGAAGUCUAAUGGCCCUGUUCAAGAUGCAUCAGAUUAUCGGACCACGGUGACGCCUGAUGCUGGCCAGGACCACCGCCUCCACCACCACCAACAAUCCCCCCACAGCCGCGUCGUCCCCAGGUCAGAGCCGUCGCCUACAGCUAUCUCUUCGUCCAUUGAACGCUCAAGUGUGAGCGUAUCUGAUAGUCCAUCAUCCCAUGUACCUGCCCCAAAUGUCGGAAGGGGUUCACUCCCAACUCCCACGAGAAGCGUCGGCAGCUUGUCGCAUCUUCCACUCCAGGAUACUUUCUCUUUGAUGAACGAGACUGAGGCACAAUUGUUCCGUCAUUAUGUCCAAAGACUGGCUGUCUGCCUCGACCUCACCGACCCUCUCAGGACUUUUGAGCUGGUGGUGCCUCAACGGGCGACCAUGUGCCCAACGCUGCUUAAAGCUAUAUAUGCCAUCUCUGCAAGGCAUCUAAGCCAGACGAGCGAAUACGACCCGCUCGCUUCAAAUCGGUAUCAUGAUGAGUGCCUAGGAUACCUCAUACCAAUGUUGAACAACUCAUACACAGUUUCGGAUGAGAAUCUGUUCGCGGCUACUAUUAUCCUAAGAAUGCUAGAGGAGAUGGAUGCCAGUUCGGGCCAGGAUAAUCAUGGUCACCUGUUAGGUAUCCAUGCUUUCGUCAACGUUGGUGAUCAAAUCAUGCUGCCAGGGAGUCUCAGUGCAGCCUCAUACUGGGUCGGCCUGCGCCAAGAGAUAUACAGUGCCAUCAGCACACAGUCUCCGGUAAAGAUGACCUUGGAACACUUUAUCGUCGACCGUUCAUUUGAACCCACAGAUGAUUACACCUGGUCCAAUCGUGCUGUUGUUAAUCUUGCGGAUGUUUUGAACUUCUGUUUCUCUGAUGUAGCGCCGUCAAAUGCCCGAUGGGUAUAUUUGAAUGAGCAGUGUAUGCGAUGGGAUGAAACCCACCCGCCAUCGUUUGAUCCCUUCUUCUUCAAGGAAAGGGAGGGCUCAGCUGCCUUCCCUCAGAUCUGGUAUCAUUCAAGCUGUCACGUUAUUGGAGUUCAGCAUCAUAUAUUGGCUCAGCUUUUUCUGGCUCAGUUUGAUCCUACUAUACCUCGGGUAGGGACAAAGAGAGCAGACGCAGUGAAGAGGAUGACGAAACGCAUCGAUGACCUGGUACGCCAAAUAUGUGGGAUCGGAGCAUGCAAUCAGUGGACACCUCCGGCUUUAUUUACAGCCUCUAUGGGAAUCGCGAUGUUUGGGGACCGAUUCGACGAAAGGGCAGACCAGGAAGCUAUGUUAGAUGUACUGAGAAAGACUGAAACGAACCAUGCACGCCCAACCAAGGCAAUCCAGCAGCAACUCAUGAGAGUAUGGGGUUGGAUACCGAACUAUGAUGGUGGUUGA